CUGCCUCUUUCAAUUGCGUUUGUUGAUCCCACGAUCUACCGAACAUCAUGGCAGGAUUCACCGAGCAGCUGACACCGGUGCACUUUUUCUCCCAUGGUUCAACCAUGAUGCUAGGAGAAGAGUGUCCUUCAGCAGACCACUGGAAAACCUGCGGCGACGAAGCACUAGCAAACAACAUCAAAGGCAUCAUCAUCAUGGGUGCCCAUUGGGAUUGUCUAAACGACAAAAUCAUGGUCGCCUCGAAUCCGUCACCUAGCAAAUCGCCCGUCUCGUAUGUCGACCCUGCCAAAUAUAUGGACUACAAGUUGAAUCCGGAUAUCCCAACCGCAAAACGAUGUGUCAGAAUGCUCAGCGAACAAGGAUUCGAAGUCAAAGAAGAUCCCACCUUCGACUGGAUUCAUGAUACAUUCUUGAUUCUGAUCAGAAUGUUUCCCAACGGAUGCCCGCCCACGACAAUUAUCAGCAUGAAUGCGCGAUUUGAUCCUCAUUUCCACAUGAAAAUUGGAGCUACUUUGCGACCCUUACGAAAAGAGGGUUACCUUAUCGUCGGUUCUGGUGGCGCUGUUCACAACCUUUACCGCAACAAAUGGGCACCGAUGAUCAAGUACCGAGAUAAUUUCGCCAUGGAGACACCACCCGAGACAUGGGCUCUAGAGUUCAGACAGGCUGUCUCCGACGUGAUUACGAACAACAGUGGACCAAAAUUGCGUCGCGGAAUGACAAGAUUGAUGAAGCACCCUCAUUAUAGAGAAGCGCAUGCGACAGACGACCACUUUAUGAGUGCAAUGUUCGUCAGCGGUGCAGUCGGGGAUGAAGAAGAUAUUGGUUUUCAUGGAAAGCUUAUGGCUGAGGACUGGGAAUUGACCAACAUGUGCAACUCACAGUUCUCCUUUGGUUCAUGGGAGACAGACAGACGUCAAGCUAUAAGCUCGACUUGAUAAGUCCGCGCACCAGCUCAUUUGUCUCUAUACUAGGAUGGAUAAGAUAACGCAUUCAUUAUUUCUCGUCGUCGAUGUUUGAACGUAUUCUUGAAGCGUAGAAUGAACGAAUUGAGAGACUUUUUGGC